UGGUGUGUGGUUUGGAUUAUGGGGGCUGAUUAGUGAUGGAUUCACAAACUCCUCAAUCCGGUUACUACACCAAUCUUAUAAUUGGAGAUGAUCUUGGGUUUGAAUGCACAAAUGAAAUCAGUCAACACCAAGAGGCUUCACCCCAAGUUGAGGUUGAACCUACUAUUAAAAAAUCGUGUCGGGGUAGCAACUUCACCAUUGCCGAGGACAAUUUGCUUGUGGAGGCGUGGCUUUAUGUUUCCAUGGAUGCCGUUCAAGGAAAUCAGCAAAAACAUAAGGUUUAUUGGGAAAGAAUUUGUGACUACUUUCACGAACACAAGACACUUGGAGCCAACCGUAAUCAGACCUCUCUAAUGAAUCGGUGGUCAACGAUUCAACUUGCGGUAAACAAGUUUUGUGGCUUCUUAGCCCAAAUUGAAAAGAGGUCACAAAGUGGCUUGACUGAGCAAGACAAGAUUGGCCAGGCAAGACUAAUGUAUUUAGAUAUUCAAAAAUCACCCUUUCACUUUGAACAUUCGUGGCUUAUUUUGAGGUUUCAUCCAAAAUGGAUGGCUCACAUGGACAAUGUAAAAUUGAAGAAAAAACCAGUUGUGAUAAAUCUAGGUGAUGAGGAAGCCUCUCACAAAGCUUUUGAAGACAUAGAGCGACCAAUAGGCCGGAAAGCCGAAAAGGAGAAACGAAAGAGCAAAGAAAAAUCGAAUCCAAGUGUUAUUGCAAUACUAAGUGACAUAAAUGAAGACAAGAAGAAGAAAAUGAAACUGUUUGAGGAAGCACGUGAGCAAGACAAAGAGAUGUUUCUUCUUAAGCAAGAGGAAGUGCGCCUUAGAGAUGAGGAAUUGCGCCUUAGAGAAAAAGCACUUUGAAUGGAAGAACAGAGAGAGAUAAAAGAAUUUAUGUUGAUGGAUAUAAGUCAAUUGGAUGAAGAUGGCCAAGAAUAUGUUCGCCGACGCAAAAAGGCAAUCCUUGAAGGUCAAAUUCACAAUCCUUGAAGGUUGCAGUGGCCCAUGCUUUUAGUGUAAGCACCACACAAAAUUAUGUCCUAUUUUGCUAGGCUAGGACUUUUGACUAGGAUUAUGCUUAGAAAUUAAUAUCCAUGACUGCUUUGAAUAGGUUUUUGAUAAUCCUCAUGUAAUUUAAAUGAUAUGGGUGGAAUAUGGUGGUGUUGUUGAACAUUAGUUUUUUGGUGGGUGGA